AAUAGUUCGCUGCAAGUGUUCUAUUGUAAACACAAGAGAUCACAAGAUAGACAAUCAUCACGCUUGUUUAUUUUGUUUUGAAUUUUGAUGUAUCAAAGUAGAAAACUAAGCUAUAAACUAUUUUUUUUUUUGUAAUUCACAACUGUUUACCGACUUAAAAAUUUUUUUUCGUUAAAUUCUUUCUUUAAUAAAUAAUAUUAUAUAUUUAGUCUUAUUCUUUUACUGUAUAAAGGUUUUAUUUAUAUUGAGUCUACUCAUUAUCUUAAUAAAAAAAUGAUUGAGAACAACAGGAACCAAUAAGUAACGAUUUACAUUGAAUGAAAGAUGACUUCACCCAAAGUUGACAUUCUUUGGUCUCCAACAGAAUCAAACAGGUUCAUUACUGUUGGAACAGAUAUACAAUUAUUUGAAGUUGAAUAUCAUAAGGAUGGAAUUCUUAAAUCUUUCUUUCCAUUGUCAGAAACCUCAAGUGCUAACCUCAUAGCUUCAAGUUCUGAUCACCAAUAUUUAAAAUGCUUUGCGUGGUGCACAAAUUCUGAUUAUCCCCUUGUGUUAGCUAUUGGAUCUUCUAAUGGUCAUAUCACAUUGGAAAGUAUAGAACCCACUUCAAAAGAUGUUGAACUUAUUGGACGAGAAUUUGUUCCCAAGAUUAUAAGAGCAUGUAGUGUGUUAAGCUGGAAUCCCAUUGAAACAAAUAUUCUUUUAUCUGGAUUUGACAAAUCCCGAGGAGACAAUGGCAUCUAUUUGUGGGAUGUGACAAGAUCUCUCUACUCAUCUAGCACAAUUGAUGCUGUCACUAAUUAUGAUAGACGCUCUGUAUUUUCUGCCUAUGACUCCACUAACACUACUGUUAAACCUGUACUAGAAUUAGGUUUGUCUGAAAAUGCUUGUUCUGCUUACUGGUUUCAUAAAAAUCCUCAUAUCUUUGUCUGUGGAAUGAGUGGCAAAUUUCUUAAACUGUAUGAUACUAGAGAUAGUUCAAAGCAUCCUGAAAGCACACUGACAAGGGCGACAUUCAAUCUAUGUGGAGAUCCUGAAGUGGAACAUAGAUUAGCCUCUUCAUUUGAUUGCAAUUUUCUACUCUGGGACGUACGGAAUUUUGAAAAGCCCGUUGUUACCAUUACCCGUCCUAAACCAAUUGUCAAACUUGCCUGGUCUCCUACGAGGUCAGGGCUUUUAGCAGUGCUUUGCAAAGAUAGUUCCUCCAUAAAUUUGUAUGAUAUUCAGUCUCCUAUUGGGAAUGAUGAGGUGGAGCCAGCUUUAGUCGAAAGAAUUAUCCAGCCAUUUCCUUCCCAUUCGGCUUUGUCUUUUGCAUGGCAUCCAACUCACGAAAAUCGAAUGCUUGGAAUCUCACAGAACAAUCAACUUAUUGAUUAUAAAAUUUCAGAUCGUAUCACCUUGAAUUGGUCACCAACAUCAGAAAUUGUUUGGACGCACGGGAAAAAAAUCUUGCAGUGCGUGGAUUCCAGAGAUGAAUUUUAUUUGUGCCUCAAUGACAUCUCGGUUAAAAUGAGGAAAAGAGCCUCUCAGGGGUAUGGUUUAAAGAUGCAGAAGGUAAGAUCUAAUGCCGAAUUUGCUGAUGAUCCAAACCUCACAGGCGUUUGGAUGUGGUUAGAUCUUGUCAAAACAUAUGAAGUGGAUACAAAAAAGCGCCAUCAAAAGCAGCCCAAGUAUGAAGGGGUUUAUUCUGUUAUUUGUGGGGAGAAUGACUCCUCUGCCUUUAGUCAAAGUGAACCAAGGCGUGUCUCUUGGGUUGGCAUCAAUUCAGAUUGCAGGAUAAUUAAAUACACAUGUGAAGAAAGAGAGAGAGCUUUACAACUUUGUGGCUGGGGUGCUGAUUUAGAUUCAGUUGCCCUGUAUAAAUUUCUGGAAAGGCUUGAAAAUGAUGGUCAUUAUGCUAGAGCUGCUGCUAUAGCAGUUUUUAAUCUGGAAAUUCGUCGUGGCAUUAAAAUUUUAAGCAAGGGAGCUUUGUCUCGAAGUCAUAAAAGUUCUUGUGAUUUAAAUGCUAUAGCCAUGGCACUGGCAGGUUAUACUGAAGAGCGAUCUGGUUUAUGGAGAGAAGUGAGCGGUGCAUUAAAGUCACAGUUAACAGAUUCCUACCUCAGGGCCAUGUUUGCCUUUUUGACUGCAGAUAACGAUGCAUAUGAGGAAAUAUUGAAAGAUAAUAAAAUCGUUGUUCAAGAUCGUAUGGCAUUUGCUUGUCUCUACCUGAAUGAUAAAAAACUUGCAGAAUUUUUGGAUGGUUUGAGAAGCCGGAUGACUGAGACUGGUAAUUUAGACGGGCUCUUAUUAACAGGAUUAACCAAUGAUGGUUUAUUUUUGAUUCAAAGAUAUGUGGAUACUACGGGAGAUGUACAGACUGCUAGCUUAAUCAUUCUUCACACACUUCCAAGUCAAGUGUGUCGUGACCCCAGAGCUCAGUCUUGGGUGGAGAAUUAUCGACAACUUUUAGAUACUUGGAUGCUCUGGACACACAGAGCAAUGUUUGAUGUAAACUGGUAUAAUAAAAAUACACAAAUCUCCAAACCAACUCAACAGAUUUUUGUUAGUUGCAACUUUUGCAGAAGAUCUGUGUCCAAUUUUCUCCAAUUGCGUCCUAUUUCUGGUUCAAAUCGAGUUCCUGCUUCUUCAGCAAACAGAAAGAUAACGUGUUGUCCAGGAUGCAGAAAGCCACUACCACGUUGUUCUUUGUGUCUUUGCCAUAUGGGGACUGCUGCAGGACUGCCUAUGCAGCGCCAAGCAGAAAAUGAAGAGAGGAAAAAGAUGACAGAUUUUUCUAACUGGCUUACUUGGUGUCAAACAUGUCGCCAUGGUGGCCAUUCUGCACAUAUCUUGGAAUGGUUUAGGAAUCACAAUGAGUGUCCAGUUACUGGUUGCAUGUGUAAGUGUAUGUCUUUGGAUGCAACAGGAAAACAUGUCACUGAAGUGUAUUAGCUAGAAAUAUAAAGCCAAAUAAUUUUCUUAUACUGUGAUUUUUAUUGAAUAAAAAAAAAAGAAUGAUACAAAAAAAA